AACUACAGACGAUUCUAAUGUGCGGGUAUUUUACAAUAGUUAAAAAAUUAAAUGUUAAUGAUAUACUGUGCGCGCUUGAAUAAAAUUUGUGUUUUCGAAUAGUUUGUUAAUCAUGAAACGAGUAUUCGAGCCAACAAGGAAGACUUUGCUUGAUGUAGUAAGAACAAAUCUCCGUGCGGCUAACAAGAGUUCAUACAUAACCCGUGUUCUUUAUAUUGGCAAAUAUAAUGGCGCAGAAUCUAAAUUUUUGCAGAAAAUGGAUUCUGUUAUAAAGUAUUUGAAGGAUGAUGUUCGGGAUGUUCUUAUAAGUGGAAUGUUUCUUGUAUAUCCUAAGCAUUACAUUCAUUUGCUUGAGGCACCGGAAGACAUUAUAUAUAAACAUUUGAAAGCUUUCUAUGAAAAAUACACCGAGGAUUGUAAUCUGGGGAGAUCAGUUUUCCUUCCAUUCUAUCAUCACAUACAUCAAAGAUUCUUCACAGAUUGGUUUUACAUAUAUACGACCCCGCCUACAUUACUAGAAAGCCUGGGAUCACAUGAAUUAUCAGAAAUUAAAACACAUGUGACCAAUUGUUUAACAAAAAUCUACGUAUUGAGUUAUAAAAUAUCAAAUAAGAUGCGUGAUCAAUCAAUUUCAAUGGCGGAUGUCGCUCGAAAUGUGUGCAACAAAGAUGCAAGAGACCUUCCAGAGAAUACAGUGGUCGAAUAUUUGAUAAACACAAUUAGUCCAGUACUUCUGAGCGUCGAAGAAUAUUUGAAGACAUACUCGUCAGUGCCAUUUAUUAAUCUGUAUCAAGAUAGCAUCUGGCCGCCACCCCACGAUUUCAUGUUCAGUGGCGCGUCCGCGAGACACGAUCGUCCAAGUAUCGAAGUCACUUCGAGCAAGCAGCACAUUCUCCCCGAUCCGCACCACUAGAAGAAACAAAGAGCCGUCGCUAGCUGCUCGCUUGGGAGACAGGAUUUCCGGAUCGUUAUUCCUCAAAAACAUCAAUUUACCGAUCAAGCAACGGUUGCGAAUGUAGACUGCGUUUAGAUAUUUCACAUGCACCAGAUCUGUCUGGAAUAAAUGAAAAGUGAUUUGUUGGCAGUACGCA